AUGAAGACCUUCCUUAUUCAAACUCUCUUCGUUCUUGCUGGUGCUGUGGGCUUGUGCAAGGGUGGCGUGGGCCUUACUGGAAGCGUUCGAUUCUUGCAAGAGUCGGUUCAGCCGCAAGAGCUUGAUGCCAGCUGUGGAGAGCUGAAAUAUGCUCUGUUCAUUGGAGUGAUUGAAGGCCAUGGAGGAAUCUUUGCUCAGCCCACCAGAGAUCUCUCUGAGGGUGGCGCUGAUGAAAUGUGUGGUCCUGUGUUCUUCCACCAAAAGGACCCUGCUACCAAGGAAGUUUUCACAUCCAGCUUGGACAAGUUUGCUCCAAGUGCUCUCUACCCUCUCGGAGAUCACAAACUCAGGGACAUUGUGAAGGCAUUUGAUACUGUGCCAGUUUCAGAUGCUGAUUAUGAUGUUAUCAAGCACCACUGUGGAUUGUUGGUGCUCCACAUGAUGUGUGCUUUGGAGAUUCCUUUUGUCCCAGAGAUGAAAGAUUGGGUUGGCGAUGUGCUUAUGCAAACGAACUCGGCCCGUGACUACAUUGUUUCCCUUGCCCAAAACAGUAUCAACUUUGGCUUGCUUGGAAUUACACGCAACGAGUCUGCCACAACUUCGAUUCGCACUUUAGUUGCCUACGAUGCUGACAUGUUUUACUGUGCUGCUACAGACAAGAAGCAGCAAGUUGAGUGCUCUGGUGCGAGCAACGUGUUUGGAAUUCUUUCGGCUUUUGGUGUUCUUGCCGUUGUGAUCGGAUUGAUUGCUUGAAGUGCUCUUAUAUGUCAGCUAUAACAAGAAUGAAAGUAUGGAAGAAUGAUACAUGUGCUGAUGGUUUACAAGUGCAGGAUGAAGUAAGGCAGACCUCAUAGGUACCGGGUAGUUGU